UUGAGGAAGACGUGUGUACAUUCAUUCUUACGGAGAAACACUGAGCACGAAACAGCAUGAUGGCAUCAACCUGGAGACAACAUUGUUUUCUAACUCAAAGGCUUCCCCUCGGUCUGGUGCCAUAUCUGGUUUUGACUUUGACCACCGUUUUUUAUGGUAGAGGAAGUGCUGCUCAUCUCACAAGGGAGGUCGGUGGGAAUGUGACCUUUCACUGCCCUGUUAACCGCCAAAGGGCCACUGACUUUGUUUACCUCCAACGAGGCGAGCAAUUUGUUAACGGCUUCUAUGAUUCAAAAGAGAAACUAACAAACACGUGGACGAACACGAAGUUCGAUCGCGAAAAUUCAACUGUGUUCAUGUACAACCUAAACCUCAAUCACAGUGGGACAUACAGCUGUCAUAUUCGGUACAAGGACCAAUCGGAAAUUGUCGAAUCCACCAUCAUCCUCACUGUCACAGCAAAGUACAGCAAACCUACAGUCACUUCAGUCUGCAGGGAGAAGAAUGUGCAGUUCUGCCAUGUGACCUGUAGCUCAUACAGUGGAUCCCCAAAAACCCAAAUGAUAGUGCAGGCUGUUGUUGGGAAUACCAGCAGUCAAAUAUGGGCAAAUGUGGUGAGAAACGAAGUUUACAAUUCAAGUUCCAUGCUGUUUGACAGCUUCAGCACUGCGUACUAUAACUGCUCCAGCGAGGAGAUAAAGUUCAGCUGCUCCGUGGGCAACGUCACUUCAGAUGAGUUCACAGUCUGUGUUCCUCAGAGACCAAACAACACUCCUGUGAUGGCAGCAGCCAUUUGCAUCGUGGUCGUGGUGAUCGUGAUUGUAGUAAUUCUGUGUUGCAGAAGACGGGCAGGAGUCAAUGGUAGACGAGCGAGAGUGCCUACAAAUGAUGAGUAAGGUGGAAAUAGCCACAAUAAAAGAAGCUGCUUGAGGGGGGUGAACCAGCGAAGAAGAACAUUAAAUGUUCUAGCAUCUAGAACCGCAGUUACUGACACAUGAGGUGUCAUUUUGCACACGGUGACUAAGUGGUUCCACACAAACUAGGAAUGACCUCACAAGAUCUCACAAGAGUGAGUGACCCACCGGGGACUGUGUGAUAUGACCAAUUCCCACUUGACUUUUAAGUGUUUGAGGAAGUAUCAUGUCCUUUUUACUGGUGGAUUAAAGUGCGUCACCAAAGUGAGAAUGGCUUACUUCACAAAAAACAAAAGACUUUUCCAGCGGUGUGCGGUUAGACUGUUGUUGCAUACUGGAAAUCUCUCACAGGCACACCUCCUUACACUGUGUGAAGUAAGACGAAAAGCAGGACGUUAGAGAAAAUAUACAUAAGUGUACUUAUACUAUGUAUAUGUGUACUUUAUUAUUACACCAACCUUGAUGAUCAGAAACUGGUGCACUUGCUACAAAGAUCACUUUUGGACUAUGAGUCAUCUUUGUGACUAAGACAAAAAAAAAAUAUAUAUAUAUAUAUAUUCAUUGCUGCACUUUAAAAUCCCCUUUUGUAAGUUUGUUCAGUAGCCCAGUUUUAAUGUUUUUUUUUUUAUUUUUAUUUUUUACUAUUUCUAGAAAGUAAUGUAAUUGUAUAUUUUUAUUUUAAUAAACAAACUAGAAAUAUCCACAGUCAUCUUAGUAUUGUAGUUUUUUUAUUGUUUUAUAGAAUGGUACUACAAUAGUGUCAGAAGUAAUAAGUGGAACACACUGUGAAAAAAAAAAAAUCUGAAUGAAAGAAAGCUGGAUGUUGGGAUAUUGCUUGCACAUUAACUUGUUAACUGCAUGUAUUCAAGCGAAAUCCUUGUGUACUGUACAGUAAGUUCCAGUAUUCCCAGAUUCCCUUGUAAGGUGCAAUAUUGAAUACAAGGGAAACAUGUUUUUCUGUCCUUUAAUUAAACGACCGUUAAACGGUCCCUAGUGGGGGGAUAUUCGGUCUUCUCCCAAACUCUGACAUUUUCUCAGGUGACUGUUCUCAGGUUACCACAGGUAACCUUUUGUAUGCUAUUAAGCAAAAUAUUUAUUUCAAUCUUUUACUUCCUUGUUGAUAUUUAUCAGUAAAAAUGUUUGUGCUGUUUACACAAUUUUUGGUAAGGAGACUGUCUGUUAUUCCCCCUUCCCCAAAAUUACCAAAAAUUCUCUAACAGGUGUUUUCAUUUCCUAAAUUUAAAUGAAUCACUCUGGUCUAAUAGCUAAUGUAUUUUUUUUGUGUGUUCUCAUUUUUGUUUUUAGCAUUUCAAAUUCUGUCUGUAUCCUCU